UGUUUAAUGUCAGCAACAUUUUUGGUCAGCGCUUUUCAAUCUCCCCACAGGGGAGGGGGUGAGAUUUCUCCUUAAAUACUCAUUCCUUCCCUCCUCUCAUUCUCUCAAUUUAUGGAAAAACAAGCUGAAUGCGCCGUCGCCAACAUCCCAAACAUAACAACAAUAAAACCUCUUCACCAUGAAAAGCGGAAGAGCGGUGCAAAGCGGUUUCACAGGGUGGCAUUCAUCAUAACGCGAGGGCGUUCCGCAAAACCAAAAAAGCUUCCUGUACACGAUGACGGGUCCAAGGGCUUUUGGAGGAGGCUUGUGGGGUCCAUGAGACCGUUGCACCUUCAAAGCACCCGAUCCCCACGCGCCACCCCCGUGCAGUCCCCGUCGGCGGCGGCGGAGGAGCCCUACUCGCCGUCCCCACCGAGUAGCCGUUACGCUUCGGCGGAAGGGUUGAACGAGCUUGUCAAGAGCGAGGAGGAGAAGGAGAGCAGAGAAGAAGACGGUGAUGGGGAUGAGAUGAUUGAUUCAAAGGCUGAGGAAUUCAUUGCUCAGUUCUACCAACAAAUGAGGUUGCAGCGUUUCGAUUCCAUGGAUCGUGAUUACAUCGAGCGAAGUAAUAGGUCGUUGGGCUCGUGAUUCAUCACUCUUGUCAUACUCAUAAGGAUUGAAAACUGCUUUUAAGCGCUUUUGAAAUUUUCAAAAAAAUUUAGCUUAUUA